ACAAGUAUCUGAUCAUGUUUGGACUUACAUCGUUUAGAAGUGCUUCCGUUUUGGGGAACCUUUUUAGAAGCACCCCCCUUGCCUCUUCUAUGGCUGCUGUACCAUCAGUAACCUCCACUCUUUUCAAAAGAUACAAGCAUGAGUAUGCCCCAAGAUAUAAAAGAGUUAGAAAGCAGUUCAAAGGUGACGUCAGUGUAAGAACCGGUGGUUCUAUCAAGGGUAACUCUCUUGAAUUUGGACUGUAUGGUUUAAGAUUAAAGUCCAGAGGUGUUCGUAUGACUGCCACUCAACUUCAAGAAGCGGAUAAGGUUAUUCGUAGAGAAAUCAGACCAAGUAACGGGAAGCUUGUUACCAGAUUUGUAUGUAACAUUGCUGUCUGUGUGAAGGGUAACCAAACCAGAAUGGGUAAAGGUAAGGGUGCCUUCAGUCACUGGGCUUGUAGAGUUUCCACUGGUAAAGUUUUAUUUGAAAUUGAUGGUAACAUGCACGAAAAGGUUGCCAAGGAAAGUUUGAGAAAGGCUGCUGCCAAAUUACCUGGUAUUUUUGAAAUUAUUGAUAAAAACUCCAAGGUUAGAGUCAGUAUCACCGAUUGUAUAGAUAAGCCAGAGCCAAUCAAUUACGUUGAUUUAUUGAACAAGAACCCAACCAAAAAAUGGGCCAACUUGACUGCUUCUAAGGACCCUAUGUACAAGUUGUACAGAGGUCGUUAGGAAAAAUUGGAUGUUUGGAGAGGUUGCUCCAUCCAUACCAUCAUGUAUAUAUAGAAUAAACAUACUAUUAGGU